ACGGCUCCCUUUCAUUAUCAAUAAGAAAUAGAGCGCUCUCGCUCUUUCACAAUAUUCUCCCCAUAUUUAUGCCCCUUUUCUCUUCGCCACAGCCACAGCGCCAAACCCUAAUUCAGCCAUGAACGCCGGUGAGCCGAAUCCGGAGCAGCUCCUCUGGAUGGAUCUCCCUGAGUGGGCCGAUGAGGUGCCGGAAGACUCUGUGUUCUAUAUGUUGGAGGAGCUCGCUCUUCGUCAUCAGAUUCCGCUCAAGCCUUACGAUCCUAAUAAAAAAGGAAAAGGACGCAAAGUUGUACUGGUUAAGAAGAGUGAUCUUGCCAAGAAGAAGUGCGACGCUUGUGGGAAGGAGGAUGACCACUUCAAUUUUCAGUGCCCUAAUGACCCUGAUCGCGAACUUAUGGAACAAAAAGUUAUCAAUGGGGUGGAGAUGGUUGUGUACUGUGACUUCUGUAAGACAGAUGACCACCACACUUGGAGGUGCCCAGACCUGGAAGCCAUCCCAUUUGGCCCAAUGGAUGAGGAAGAUCUGGUUUGUGAAGCUUGUGGUGCUGAGGAUGAGCACUGGACUGAUGUUUGCCCCAAGCAGAUUAGUGGACCACCAGAGCCUGAGCCUGGAUUCAGGGAAUGUUUGAUUUGUGGCAAGCUCGAGGACAGCUUACACUGGACUGAGGACUGCCCUAAGUUGGCUGAUGGCAAUCUUAAAUUUUGUUGGACUUGUCGGUCGCUGGCUGACCACUCCACUGAUGAUUGCGACAAGUUUGUUCAGACAGCUGUUAUCUUUUGUGCGUGCUGUGAGACCACCGGUGACCACUCGACUGAAGAUUGCCCUAGGGAAGCUAAGGAUGGUCGCAAGUAUUGUGGAAUUUGUGAUUGGUUGGGUGACCACACGACUGAUUGCUGCCUCUUGAAGUGAUGCCAACUCUGAUCCUGUGAUCACCUGUUUGGAGGAUUCUUGGGAGCCUGAGAACUUUUCUGGCCUUAAUCGGCUGACCCAUGGUGUUGGAUCAAUAACUGUUUCUACUGGAUUAGAAGUUAAUGGAUAUGUUGCUAGCUGGAUAUCUAGAGUUUAGUUUACUGUUAAGCAACUGUUUUCUUGUUAAUGGUUGGUGUGCUGUGUAGGUCUCAAAUACUAUCGACUUAUGGGCAUUAUCUAUUCACCUUUUUACUUGUUGCAUUCUUUUCUCAUGUUAUUGGAUAACUUCUAAUG